UUUGUAGGAAUGGAGGGGAAAAAACUGAUUUCUGCAACAGACACACAGUAUUCUAGUGUGCUCCUUCAGUCUCUGAAUGAACAGCGUGGCCAUGGACUCUUUUGUGAUGUUACAGUCAUCGUGGGGGACAGGAAAUUUCGAGCUCACAGAAACAUCCUUUCAGCCUCAAGCACUUAUUUUCACCAGCUUUUCUCAGUGGCUGAUCAAGUGGUUGAACUGAGCUUUGUAAGAGCAGAAAUUUUUGCAGAAAUCCUUAACUAUAUUUACAGUUCCAAAAUCAUCAGCGUUCGCUCUGAUUUACUCGAUGAACUGAUCAAGUCAGGGCAGCAAUUGGGUGUCAAAUUCAUUGCUCAUCUGGGCAUACCUCCACCCGAAGGCAAAGGUGUUGUCAGUGAGGACAAAGAUGAUGCUUCAGGAGCUUCACCUUCUGGCCCGGGACAGAGGGAUGCUGAAACACAAGUCCCUGUGAUAAGGCCAGAGAGUCAAGAGGCAGCAGAUGGGAUGCCAGUUAUAACUCAAUCGUUCUCCCUGCAUGGCAUAGAGUAUGAGACUACAAAAAUUACAGUGAGCGACUCAGAUGAUGAGGAUGAUGAUAUAAUUUUUUGUUCUGAGAUUGUCCCUCCAAAAGAAUGUGCUAAAGAUAUAAAUGCUGUCAGCCAGAACCAGCCUUGCUCAAGUCCAGCUGGAGUUUCUGACCAAAGUUCCUGUGGCAGUGGUGGCUCUCCCCAUUUGACGAGCACCACAGCAGCUCAAAACCUCACGUCUGCCAGUCAGCUAAACCCAAACCAACCACAAUCUGGUGCUGAAUCACUUGUCUCUGCAACACGGCAGCACAUGACUCCUAAUAUCAUUGUGCUAAACAAGCCUAUGCUUAACUCCUCGCUUGGUGCCAGCUCCUUGCAUCAAACACAUGUGACCCCUACGAUUGAUUUACUUAAGGAGGACCAGCAGCCGUCUAAUAAUGCUGAAGUGGAACCCACUGUUGUUGAUGAUGAAGAUGUUGUCGAAGAUGAUGUUGCUAUCAUUAGCUCCUCUAGUCCUGGUUCAGGCAGCAGCAGCUCUUUGGUUCAGCAACCUCCUGUUCCCAAGGCAGCAAGCACUGAAGGAUCAGGUGUACAGAAAAAACAGCUUGUUACGUGUUCACAGGAGCCAUCUGCUAAACCUGGAGAGUUUAAGAUAAAAAUCUCAGAUGUCCUAAGUGAAAACAACAAGGAAUUGAGUUCAGGUAUAGCAUCCAAGAAUGUGGCAGACGGGCAGAAAAUCAUAACAUUGGAUACAGCAACUGAAAUAGAAGGAUUAUCCACAGGCUACAAGGUUUAUGCAAACAUUGGUGAGGAUACCUAUGACAUCGUCAUCCCCGUGAAGGACAAUGCCGAGGGAGGUGAAGCCAAGCCUGAAGAGACACCUAAACCAUCUGGUGAUGAUUCUUCGAGCAGGAAGCGCAUGAAAUUAAAACACGAUGACCACUACGAGCUCAUCGUGGAUGGCAGAGUGUACUACAUCUGCAUUGUGUGUAAGAGGUCGUACGCGUGUCUGACCAGCUUGAGGAGACAUUUCAACAUGCACUCCUGGGAGAAGAAGUAUCAGUGUCGGUACUGCGACAAGGUUUUUCCUCUUGCCGAGUAUCGUACCAAGCACGAACUUCAGCACACUGGGGAGAGGAGGUACCAGUGCUUGGCCUGUGGCAAAUCUUUCAUCAACUAUCAAAUCACAGCCUCCCACAUAAGAUCAGUGCAUAGCCAAAACCCUUCCGGAGACACCAAGCUUUACCGCCUGCACCCCUGCAGGUCCCUGCGGAUCAGACAGUACACGUACAUUAGGAACCACUCCAGCAGUAUCCCAGUAAUAAAUGAGGGUGGAAUUGUUUAUCGUGUUGGCUCAGGGAAGGAUGGCACUGAAGGCACAACAUCUAACCCUCCAGCCAAACAAAUUACCUGGGAUGACAUUUUCGUUCCACAGGGAAAUGAAGCAAUUUUUAAACAAAAUCCGUCAGAGGGAAGUACUGAAUUUGAGUUUGUAAUUCCAGAGUCUUACUGA